GUUCCUGUUUCUUGGACUGAUUCGAUCCAUACGCAUCGCUCUCUCUCUCUCUCUCUCUCUCUCCGACUCUUCUGUCUGUGUCUUUGCGUUAAACGUAGAGAGAUUGAUGACAGCAUAACCAUCAAGGCUAAGGCAGGGUUGUUGAUAAGAAAGAGGAGGACCGGUAGAAGAGGCGAGAUUGCUUCUCUUUUCCCAGAUUCUAUAUUGCCUGCCUGCCUGCCUGCCUUCUUUACCACUUCCCAUUCCCCAUAAGCCUAUCCCCUAUACUCUCUCUCUCCCUCUCCCUCCCUGAACUCUUCUUCCAUUUCAUGCCGAUUAUGCGUUUGCGUUAAUUAACCUCGCCCGACCCCCACAUUGCUGCUCUCUCUCGUAUAUCUCUAUCUGCUCGGGUCUCUGUUUCAUCUCAAAAGCAGCUACAGAAAUGGCCGUUCAAGCUCAAUACCCAUCCAAUGUUCUCCUCAACAGGGGCGUACAGGAAGGGAAGAGCCCACUUGGCAACGAUUAUUCCCUGCAGCCACAACCAGGCGGAGGAGGAUUUCUUGAUCAAUCCCACAUGCUCUUUGCCAAUGGAGUGGGGACUAAUCCGCGCAAGAGAGCACGCGAAGUGACUGCAUCAACGUCGCCUAUUAGUCCGUUUUCGAUGCAAGCUCAGCCCCCUCAGCUCGUAGACCUCGCUCAGCUUCACACCCAUCAAUCCAAUGUGGUGUCCACCGGUCUCCGUUUGGCUUUCGGCGAACAACAACAAAAAUUGCAGCAGCAACAACAAGAAGCUCUGUCUUCUCAAUCUUCGAUUGCGUUGUCGAUAUUGUCGGAAGAUUUGGCGACCCAAAUCAGGCAACAGAGAGACGAAAUUGAGCAAUUCCUUCAAGCCCAGGGAGAGCAGCUGAGGCGCACAUUAGCGGAGAAGAGGCAGAGGCACUACCGCGGGCUGCUGGGGGCGGCGGAGGAAACAGUGGCGCGGAGGCUGAGGGAGAAGGAGGCCGAGGCGGAGAAGGUGGCGCGGCGCAACGCCGAGCUGGAGGCUCGGGCGGCCCAGCUCAGCGCCGAGGCGCAGGCGUGGCAGGCCAGGGCGAGGGCCCAGGAGGCUACGGCGGCGUCGCUGCAGAAGAGGCUGCAGCAAGCCAUGAUCAGCAGCGACAGAGCGGAGGAAGCGGGGGGAUGCGUGGCCGCGGGGGGAGAGGCGGAGGACGCCGAGUCGGCGUAUAUCGACCCGGACCGAGUCGUGGCUAGCAGCGGGCCGAGUUGCAAGGCGUGUGGGAAGCGAGUGGCCUCGGUGAUUGUGUUACCGUGUCGGCAUCUUUGCCUCUGUACAGAAUGCGGUGCUUUUGCUCAAUCAUGCCCUCUUUGUCUCGCUUUCAGAGAGUCCAGCAUUGAGGUCUUCCUUUGUUGAGAUGGGCCCAGGCCCAUUUUUCCGAAGCCCAUGCCAAGCCAGGCCCUAUGUCGUCGUCGUCAUCAUCAUCAUCAUGUGGACCCACCCAGAGGGAGUAAUGAGGUUAAUAGAGAAAAGAAAAAUCUAAGUUAAUAUUGAAUAUAAUGAUGAUAAUAAUAAUAAUAACAUAUUUUCUUUCUUUCUUUCUUUCUCAUGCCAUCUAUCUCCCUCUCUUCUUUUUUUUUUUUUUAUUGUUAUUUUUUGUUUGAUCUUAAAUCAGUAGUUUUAUUUGGGAGAAGGAGCACCGGACCCUGGGGCAUGGGCACAUGAUUAAUGUACAUGAUGGGCCAAGUGACACUGGUUUUUGUUCCUUUCCUGAAAUUUAAAUUGAUAUAGAUAAUACAUUCUUUUGUUGGUUGGA